ACUGUUCCCCAAUAAAGUCCUGUUCCCCUUCCCCAAUAAAAAAAAAAAAUCCUCAGUUGUUAAAAAAAACAAAAACCACUUGACCUGACAGGACCCUCUCUCCCCCUCCAUCCAGGGUGUGGGCUCCUCCUCCCGCGAGGGGCGCUGCUGUAAUCUCCCAGUUUUUUGGUGCGAAGCUGAUCUCGGGCAUUCUCCUAUCUUUUGACUGUGAGCAAGAACAAGUUUUGGGAACCCUCCUGCCAGCGGUCACGGGGCCAAGAUGGGGGCUUACAGGCCUGAGGUGCACCAGCCCAUCACCACCACUAGGGGGCCGAGCCGCCGGGGCUGGGGGAUGUGGGGGGAGGCCAGGGAAAGGGAGGCGGGACAGGUGGAUGCCGGCAGGACCUGUUCCCCGACGCGCCACACGUGUGUCUGUCCCAGGCUGGGCCCCCUGCCGCGUCUGCACUGCCUGCUGGCCCUCCCCCACCCCAAACCCAUUUAUGCCAGAUUUAUGUCUUCAUAAUCGCCCCUCCAUAUACCUAUAUAUGCAUUUUUGUUUUGCUGUUUUUUUUCCCCCCUUGUUCUUCCCCCCGCCCCACUCUGGUUCAAGCCGUUGUUUCCCAGGAUAGUUAUGUUGGUAUUAUGUGCCUGCGUUACCCACCCCCACCCCCUUCCAGCUGAGGAAGUCGGUUGCCAGUGACGGUUGGAGGCUCAUAGCUGCUCACGGCAGCCCAGCUCCAGGGAGAGCCGUUGUUCACAAUCUUAGCUGUAGAGGGCGCUGCUCACUGGCCCAUGUGGGAAUCGAACCUGCGUCCUCAGCUUUAGGAGCACAGCGCUCCAAACACCUGAGCCACCGGGCCAGCCAGCCCUAUAGAUGCAUUUUUAAUGGCAACAGAUCCUUGAGAAUGUUUUAAAAUAAAUUUUUAAAAGCCCCCACAUGUAGACAAGAAAGUAGGUAAAUUAGGGGGCAUUUUUAAUGAGCACGCGGAGGGCUUUUUCUACAAGUUGUACAUUCAAUUAUUUGAAAAGCAUCCAUAACACUAAUGCUUAAGAUGAAUAAAAUAAAUAACACAAUCAAGAAACCAUCAAAAGAGCUGGGAAAUAAAAGUUUUGUAUUAAUAAAUGGAAAAAUACCUAAAGAUCUAAAAGAAGCUGUUUCAUGUCUUAAAGUGGCACAACGUCCCAAGGCAUCCAAGAGACGCAGACCUGUGGAAGUUCCCACUCACUACAAGGACCCCACAUGGGGUCCCUGGUGGUGCUGCCACCUGUGGCCCCGCGGGAACCUGCUGCUUUUGAAUCUCACAUGUUAAAAUAAGGCUCAGCUACUGCACUGCUGGGAUUGUGCCACCACAGGGCGGGCCAGUCAGACACAGUGGGCAAGGCACCCGGGGCCUUCCUGCUUUGGGGGGGCGACAGAAAUCUGUUCCAUCUCGCCUGAAACAGAACAAAAAUGUUUCUGCGUUCAGAAUUAAAUCAAAGGUCAUUUUAAUAUUGAGAUUAUGGGGGGGGCAGAGAGUCCUUGUGACCCCAGCACACCCCCAACAGGAAAGCUGGAAGGCAACAGCAGGUCUGGGUCCACGAGUGUGAUUUCUUCUUGUUGCUUAUGUGUAUUUUCAAGCAUGUCUCUAAAGGAGAUUUAGUUCUGGGCCCUUACAGUGCAGAGCCUGUCCCCUCUUCUCUCUCUCCUCCCUCCAGCCCCCACAUUGCGGGGAGUGACUGACAUGAUAGGCCAGAUUCCUGGGCACAGAUCAGGUCCUGGUAGGAAGUGAACCAGAGGACCAGGGCAGCUGGAGCCUGACCCCCACCCAGGCCCCCUUCUCCUGCCCAUGUGCCCCACCCUGUCCUGUCUCUUUCCCCUGAUGUGCAUUGUGGAGAUGCAGGAGGGGUGGGGGCCGGGACAGUCAGUCACCUGUAGGCACUCAGUGGGACUGUGGGAGAGCACGAGGGCCUCCACUCACCACGACACCGCCUCCAGGAAGCCCUACCAGAGGCGCCCCCACCAGCCACCCUCCCUGCCUGCCUUCUGUUCCACCCCCAGCCUGACCGCCCCAGGAGCUGACCUUUCACUGCGGCUUUGGUGCAGCACCUUCUAGGUAGUGGCACACGGUUGGCUGCUGAAGACAGGAAGAGUCUGCUGACCCGAGACAGACUUUGCCUUCCCCCAGUACUGGGCGAGGUGGCCGUGAGCAUGGCUCCAGGGCUCUGUCUGCUCCCCAUGCUCCUGGGACUUGCAGGGGCCCUGCCUGGGGCCCUGGCCACCCAAGGGGUGUGUCAGUUCCCCUAUGUGAUCAGCCCAAAGGGGGGCUCCAUCAAUAUCACCUGCUCCUUCGACCCGUCCCUGCACGGGGUCUACCUGAAGCAAAAUUGGGGGUCAAACAUGGCCAACGUGAUUUACUACGAGGAUGGGAUGGAACCCACCGUGGAUGAUCGGUUCUGGGGCCGCAUCGCCUUCUUGGUGUCGCAGCAGAACCUGACCAUCACCAUACAGCACCUGCAGCUGGCGGACACCGGCACCUAUGUCUGCCAGGGCAUCAUGCAGGUGAAUGGCUGUAAUUCCAGCACGUUGGUCGUGGUGACAGACACACUGUCCCAAGCAGCGAACACAUGCCAGGAGGCUCAGCUGAUACACGUCGCCUUCCCUGUGGCCCUGGCUGUAUGUUUCCUCCUCAUCGGGCUGGGGCUGGGGGCCCUGUGUGUCCUGAGGAGGACGCAGAUCAAGAAACUCUGCUGUGUGAAGGAUAAGAGCUCGGUGAGUGUGGUGUACGAGGAUAUGACCUGUAGCCGUCACAACACCAUGUCCACGCCCAACCACUAUCAGUGAGGCCCCAGGCCUCCCUCUGACCAGGAGUGGGCCU